AUGAACCCACCCACCGCACCCAGCAGCGGCCCUGUCGCCGGCCCUCCCACUACCACUACCAACCUUACCCCCCGUCCGCCGCUACCAAAACGCUCCACACCCCCGCGCCUCCGCCGCCGCGGCUUCACAAUCGGCACUGACUCCUCGUCCUCGUCCUCGUCCUCGCCCUCCUCCUCCAGCGGUAGUCCCGAGCGCACACUCUUUGCUGCGCCGCCCCCGCCGCCGAUGAUGCAGAGCACGGCGACAACCGCGGCAAGGAAGCAGCGCCGCCGCGGGAGAAGCUUACGGAAGACAGCGCUUCUGCGGCCGGGGAACGGGAUGGUGCUUGGCGGGGGCGGUGGGGCGCCGCUGCUACAGCCGCCGCCCGCGAGUACUGGUGGCGGCAGCAGUGUGGGUGGUGGGAGUCUAGCGAGUCGGCGGAGCGCGUCGCCGGGGUUGAAGCUUGCCACUGCGGCGGCGAAGGUGAGUGCUGUAUAUGACAGUGCUGAUGACAGCGAGGGUGGUGGGUUUGGCGGUGUUGGGGGUGGGGGGAGGAUGGCGCAGAGGGCGUAUCCGGUGAGGGGCAGGUCGGGGAGCGUGGUUGUUGUGAUGGCGAGGACGAGGCAGGAGGAGAUGGACAGUGCGGCGGAUACGGCGUAUUGGGGGUGGGUGGUGCUGGGCGCGACGUGGGUCGUGUUUGUGGUUGGCAUGGGGAGCGUGUUGGGCGUGUGGGAGUGGGCGUGGGAUGUGCCGGGGAGCCCGUUUGCAAAGGGCCAGCAGGAGCAGUACGAGGGCGCCUUCCCCAUCGAUGGGUAUUAUCCCGCGCUCAUCAUCUUGACGUGUGUCAUGGCGUGGGUGUGGGUCGUGGUGGCCUGGGUUGGCAUGAAGUAUUUUAAGCAUGCAAAAAUACAGCCGCGGGACGAUUUUGUGAAUGUUAAUGUGUAG